UGUGCGCGUCGUGUUUCCUUUUUGCUGCUAUCGUUCACCCUGCUAUCGACGUUUAAAAUAACACAUUUCUUUGGCACAGGGUUGCAUUACAAGCUAAUCCUCAAACCUGUAACUCAGGAUGCCUCUACCUCCAGCACUGCUGGCCCGCUUGGCCAAGAGAGGGAUUGUCAGACCAAGAGAAUAUGGUAGUUCUCUGGACGUGUAAUCCUGGGAUAAAUGUCUCGAUACAUCCUUUCUCUGUUUUCUUGCAUUGUACAUCCAACCUAUUCUGCUCAACUAAAACAGGUCCAGAUGAGGAGAUUAUUGCUGAAGAUUAUGACGACAACAAUGUAGAUUAUGAAGCCACCAGAGCAGAGGGUCUGCCUCCUAAUUGGUACAAAGUCUUUGACCCUGCUUGCGGCCUUCCUUACUACUGGAAUGUGGAGACAGAUUUGGUCGCCUGGUUAUCUCCAAAYGACCCUGCUGCAGUGGUAACAAAAGCUGCCAAGAAAGUAAAAGCUGAUGUGAUAGCCGAAAGAGGUGAGAAACCAGCUGAGAAGCCGGAAAGAGAGAGGGAACGGGAGCGAGAACGGGACAGAGACAGAGAUCGGGAAAGAGACCGGGACAGAGACAGAGACCGGGACGAGGGGAGAGACAGAGACAGGAGAAAGCAGAGGAGAGAGGACGUGGCACCGUACAGCAGGAACAAAAGAGGAAGGAAAGAUGAUGAGAUGGACCCGAUGGAUCCAAGUGCUUAUUCUGAUGCUCCAAGAGGUUCUUGGUCAAGCGGCCUGCCCAAACGCAACGAAGCAAAAACCGGUGCGGAUACGACAGCAGCCGGUCCUCUCUUCCAGCAGCGGCCGUACCCCAGUCCAGGAGCUGUGCUACGAGCUAACGCCGCUAACCAACCCCCCAAGGAGUAAGAGGAGACCCCACAGAGACGGCAGCUUCUACUCUUCAUUGUUGUUCAGCUCUUUAACAUCCUACUUAUUAAAUGUGUAGAGCGUUGCAUGUUGUAAAUAUGUUUUAUAAAAAGACUGACUUUCAUGUUGCUACUAGAACCAUCAGGUAACUUAAUAAAAUUCAAGACUGGUGUAAAAAUGA